GAGAGGGAGAGAGAGAGGCAGUGACAUAGGAGGGAGCGUAGGCGGCUGCGAGGAGGGAGACGGGAGCAGGAGCAGCAGCAGCAGCAGCGGCGGCCGCGGCAGCAGUGGCAGUUAGGGGGUUUGUGCAGAGAUCCUGAGGCGAAGGCGCUUCUCCCUCGGCCGCCGCGGGACUCUCGUGCAGCCGAGCCGCCUUCCUAGGGGGUUCCCUGCUGCCAUUGAGCCUCUCCCCACCCCCAGCUCCCCACAGGCGGCUGAGGGGCUCCGUCCUGCCCAGGCGAGGGACAUCCGCAGUGGGACUGUUGCAUUGUUUUGGUUGGGGUAAGAGAGGGGCUCGGUUGAGGGGGUGCUGCUUGCCUGGCCUGUGACCAUUACAGGUAAUAAAGAUGAUUUACUGCAAUUGGUUGAACAGCUUCAUCCAGACAAUAGUAAUGAAUGGAUCAGCAUCAAACUGGAAAGAGGUAUCAAGUGGGAUUCCACAGGGAUCAGUUCUGAAUGCAGUGCAGGUCGUCUUCAUUAAUGACUUAGAUGAAUGAGUGGACCACAACUCUUAGCAAAUAGAUCAAGAUUUUCUCUGCUUAGAAAACCAACCUUUUCUGCAUUUUUUCUGGCAGAUGUGUCAGUUUCAUUCCUGCUGAGGCAGUCAGAACAGAUGAGUUUGUGGAUGCACUUAGAUGUUUGCAAUGAGCACUGUGGCUGGCAUGCCCCAGUGUUUUGGAUACCAAUGCAUAGAACUCCAUAGUAAUCGAAUUUAUCAGAAACGAACGUCAUGAGCAUAGUGGUCCCGUUGGGGGUUGACACAGCAGAAACUUCAUAUUUGGAAAUGGCUGCAGGCUCAGAACCUGAAUCUGUAGAAGCUAGCCCUGUGGUAGUUGAGAAGUCAAACAGUUAUCCACACCAGCUAUAUAACAGCAGUUCUCAUCAUUCACACAGUUAUAUUGGUUUGCCUUAUGCGGACCAUAACUAUGGUGCUCGCCCUCCUCCAACACCUCCAGCGUCUCCUCCUCCAUCAGUUCUUAUAAGCAAGAAUGAAGUAGGCAUAUAUACUGCUCCAAAUUUUGAUGAGACCUCCAGUGCUACUACUAUCAGCACUUCUGAGGAUGGAAGCUAUGGAACUGAUAUAACCAGGUGCAUUUGUGGAUUUACACAUGAUGAUGGAUAUAUGAUCUGUUGUGACAAAUGCAGUGUUUGGCAGCACAUCGAUUGCAUGGGGAUCGACAGGCAGCAUAUUCCUGACAUAUAUCUGUGUGAACGUUGUCAACCUAGGAACUUAGAUAAAGAGAGAGCAAUGUUGCUGCAGCGUAGAAAAAGGGAAAAUAUGUCAGAUGGGGAUACCAGCGCAACAGAAAGUGGCGAUGAAGUUCCUGUAGAACUAUAUACUGCUUUUCAACACACACCAACUACAAUUACUCUGACUGCUACACGAGUUACCAAGGUCACAGAUAAGAAACGGAAAAAAAGUGGGGAGAAAGAACAAAACAUCGCAAAAUGUAAAAAGGCUUUUCGUGAAGGUUCUAGGAAGUCUUCAAGAGUAAAGGGCUCAGCUCCGGAGAUUGAUCCUUCUGAAAGUUCCAACUUUGGAUGGGAAACUAAAAUCAAGGCAUGGAUGGACCGUUAUGAAGAAGCAAACAACAACCAGUACAGCGAAGGUGUUCAAAGAGAGGCACAAAGAAUAGCUUUGAGAUUAGGAAACGGAGAUGACAAAAAAGAAGUGAUCACCAGCAACUCAGUCUUCAAACCUCCAGUAGAGAGCUAUAUUCAAAAAAACAAGAAAAUUCUAAAAGCUGCCAAAGACUUGCCUCCAGAUGCACUUAUUAUUGAAUAUCGAGGAAAGUUCAUGCUGAGAGAACAAUUUGAAGCUAAUGGAUAUUUCUUUAAGAGGCCAUACCCAUUUGUUCUAUUCUAUUCUAAAUUCCAUGGGCUAGAAAUGUGUGUAGAUGCAAGAACCUUUGGGAAUGAAGCUCGAUUCAUCAGACGUUCUUGUACACCCAAUGCUGAGGUUAGACAUGCCAUUGAAGAUGGAACCAUUCAUCUUUAUAUCUACUCCAUCCAAAACAUUCCAAAGGGAACAGAAAUAACUAUUGCAUUCGAUUUUGAUUAUGGAAAUUGCAAAUACAAAGUGGACUGUGCUUGUUUGAAAGAAAAUCCUGAAUGCCCAGUACUUAAGCGAGGCUCUGAACCAACAGAAAACAUAAAUACUGGAUAUGAAACUAGAAGAAAAAAGGGCAGAAAAGAGAGGGAUGCUUCAAAAGAGAAGGAGACUCAAAACCAGAACAUCACCUUGGAUUGUGAAGGAGCAGCCACCAAAACAAAGUUUCCAGACAACAGACAGAGAAAGCUUUCUCCCCUAAGGCUAUCAAUCUCAAAUAAUCAGGAGCCAGAUUUUAUUGAUGAUAUAGAAGAAAAAACUCCUAUUAGCAAUGAAGUAGAAAUGGAAUCAGAGGAGCAGAUUGCAGAAAGGAAAAGGAAGAUGACCAGAGAAGAACGGAAAAUGGAAGCCAUUCUUCAAGCUUUUGCCAGGCUAGAAAAAAGAGAAAAAAGAAGAGAGCAGGCUUUGGAAAGAAUCAGUACAGCUAAAACGGAAAUUAAACCUGAAUGCAAGGAAACGCAGAUCAUCAAUGAAACAGAAUUUGUACAGGAACCAGCAAAAGAGGAAACUGCCACUAAGCCAACCCCUGCCAAAGUCAAUAGGACAAAACAGAGGAAAAGUUUCUCUCGGAGCAGAACUCAUAUCGGACAGCAGCGGAGAAGGCACAGAACUGUUAGCAUGUGUUCAGAUAUUCAACCAUCCUCUCCUGAUGUGGAAGUUAGUUCACAGCACAAUGAGCCUGAAAACACUGCACUUUCAGCUGAGCCUGAAACGGAGACAACUGUUGCUGAAAUAGUUCCUGAACCAGAACCCCCAGCACUUAACAAAUGCCCUACUAAAUAUCCUAAAACAAAAAAGGGAACACAUUCCUUGCAGCUCACAUUCCUUGACCAGAAGGAUGGGAAGGGCUGGACACAAAUUUGUGAGCACUUGGUGAGUGAGUGGUUAAGUGAGAAGAAUGAGAAGACAGGAAAACCGACGGACAGCCUUUCAGAAAGGACCCUGCGUAUAACGACAGAUCCUGAGGUUUUGGCUACACAGCUGAAUUCUUUGCCCGGUCUCACUUACAGCCCACAUGUAUAUACUACUCCUAAGCACUAUAUUCGUUUUACAUCGCCAUUCCUUUCGGAAAAGAGGCGCAGAAAAGAACCUGUGGAAAACAUUGGCUCUUGCAAGAAGCGUUGGUUGAAGCAAGCUCUGGAAGAAGAAAACACAACAGCUGUAGAUAGGUUUAAUUCACCAUCUCAUGAAAGAUCUAGAAGUCCCACUGUCAAUGGUGAAAGUAGAAGUCCCUUGUUAUUAAAUGACAGUUGUUCUUUAUCAGACCUCACAACACCGUUAAAAAAACGAAGAGUCUAUCAGCUGUCGGAUUCUGCCUAUUCGGAAACAUCUACACCUAUUCCUUCUCCAUAUGCCACACCAACCCAUGCUGAUCUCUCUGCCUCAGAUCCAUUGCUAUUUGCAACUCCUCCUAGAAUAAAAGCAGAUGAUGAAACCUGUAGGAAUGGUUAUAAGCCCAUUUACUCACCUGUUACGCCAGUGAUUCCAUGUGUACAUGGAAAUGCAAUGCACUUUGAGAAUAUUUCCUCACCUGAAAGUUCCCCAGAAGUUAAGAGGCGAACGUAUAAUCAAGAGGGAUAUGAACGGUCAGCAGCAGCAAUGCUAGCACUCAACCCUUUCAGAAAUUCCAAUCUAACAGAAAUGUGCCUGCAAGAAAUAAAGACUAUUGGAUAUUCCAGUCCAAGAAAUAGGACUGAUGGCGCCAGGCAAUGCUCCGGAGAAAAUGAAACGGCCUCCGACCUCCAGUUGGGACUUGAAGCAAUUGAGCAAAGUGCACUGCAUAAAACUCUGGACAACCCCUGCCAUGAUAGGACUGAUGCUAGCAGCCAGCUGGAAACUGCUCACUGUGGACGGGGAACAGUUUAUCCGACUUGGGUAAAGAGUCCCGACAGGACAGGUGUAAAUUUCUCAAUGAAUUCCAAUCUGAGGGACUUAACUCCUUCACACCAGCUGGAGGUAGGAGGUGGAUUCCGAAUAAACGAAUCAAAGUGCCUGAUUCCAGAUGAUGCCAGAGGUGGCAUGUUCAUGGAAACACCUGUUUUUUGUACUUCUGAAGAUGGACUUGCAGCUGGCUUUGGAAGAACUGUCAGUACUGACAGCUUGAUGGAUGGAAAUUGCACACCCCAGAAUCCUCCACAAAAGAAAAAGGUGUCACUUCUAGAAUACCGCAAGAGGCAACGAGAAGCCAGAAAAAGUGGCUCCAAGGCAGAAAGCUUUCCCCUUCUAACCAUAUCGCCACACUCUGCUGGUGGAGGAAACAAUGGCGGUUCUGCUGACGGGUAUAACAGCAGCGAGAACGGGGAGCCAGUUGAGCGGGAGCACACGGCUAGCCUCCCUUUACCAUUGCCAGCCGCCGAUUAUAGCACCACUUCAGAAGAAACAGAAAACUCCUCUUCAUCAAAAGAAGCUUCAAGCGAGAAGAACGACCCAGAAGUUCAGUGGACUGCUUCAACUUCAGUGGAGCAAGUGAGGGAACGAAGUUAUCAGCGAGCUUUGCUUCUUAGUGAUCAUAGGAAAGACAAGGACUCUGAUCCUGAAAAUCCUGAGCCCACAAGUGAAUGUCCGUCCCCAGAUACUUCUCUGAAGGCUUGCAAGAGUCCUUUAAAAGUGAGCAAGACUUCUUCACCAAGUCCUGUAGCUCCUGCCCCAUCGCUUGGGAAAACACCCACAAAACAGGAUGCCCAGUGGGAGACUAGAGCAGAUGCUCCAGAGGCAGAGAACACAACUCACCCCAAACCUGACCAGCCACAGAAACCGCUGGCAAAUAACGCCGAAGCACUUUCAAAAAACCACCAGUCCCAGCCCCAUUCGCGCAGCGCAGCAGAUCAACUCUCGCAAAAGCUGCCUUCUGCACCGUUGAAGCUGCACUGUCCCCCUUCGCCCCAGGUAGAGAACCCUCCCAAACCCUCUACUCCCCACACCCCUGUUCAACACGGCUACCUUUCGCCAAAGCCCCCUUCGCAACAAUUGGGAUCGCCAUGCAGACCUCAUCAUCCUCCGUCACCUCAAGUGGGAACGCCUCAAAGAGACGCUCACAGAAGUUUCUAUGCGGCGACGCAAAGCCUUCAGCCCGGCACCCAGCAGCAACCCAGCGGAACGCUGUUUCCCCAAACCUCUUCGGUCUCUUACAGCCAGUUCCACCAACAAAAUUUGAACGCCAGUGCCCCGCCUCCUCCCCCGCCUCCGCCCCCUUCCUCUACUUAUUAUCAAAACCAGCAAGCCCCCUCAGGAAACUUUCAAAAUUACAGUCAGUUAAAAAGUAGCAUACCACCCCAACAAACUGUGUUUCCCUCUGGACCAAACCAAGCACUUGCGGGCACAACAUGCCAGCAGCCCGUUUCAGGGCACCAUGUAACCAGUGGGCAUUUUUUGCCAUCUCAGAACCCCAGUAUUCACCACCAGACUCCAGCUGUCGGGGCUCCUCCGCCGCCCCCACCACCGCCACCUGCUCCAGGACCCCAUCUUGUGCAGCAGCAGCAAAGUUCUCAUCAGCAGCAUGCCGUGGCCCAUGUCGUGGGCCCCGUGCACGCGGUCGCCGUGGCUCCGGGGUCACACAUCCAUUCUCAAGCUGCCGGUCACCAUCUGCCGCCACCUCCGCCGCCGCCUGGCCCCCUUCCUCACCAUCAUCCGACUCACCCCACCACAGGCCACCAAGGUUUGCAAGCACAACACCAGCACGUAGUCAAUUCGGCUCCGCCUCCUCCACCACCCCCGCCACCUGCCACCGUUUUAGGCUCUGGGCACCACACGGCAUCGGCGCAAGGAUUGCACCAUGCGUCCCACCAGGGCCCCCCACUUUUCCCCUCUGGCGCUCACUCAACAGUCACUUCCUACCCCUCGCAGCCUCAUCAUACACCUUUGGGACCUGGACCUCAGCAUCAGCCUGCUGGGACGGGACCUCACUGCCCACUCCAAGGUCAGGGUCCCCACCUCCAGCCUCAAGGACCAAGCAGUAUUCCAACACCUACCGCUUCCGGGUUCUGUCCUCAUCCUGGCUCUGUAUCCCUUCCUCACGGUGUGCAAGGACCUCAGCAGGCAUCUCCGGUGCCUGGGCAAAUACCUAUUCACAGAGCACAGGUGCCACCAACUUUUCAAAACAAUUACCAUGGGUCAGGAUGGCAUUAAAAUGGACCCCUUGCUUCUAAACAUUUUAAAAAUGUUCUGUAAAAAACUGUAUAUUUCAUAUGUACCUGUUGAAGGUACUUUUUAAAGCUUGUACAUGAUACUUUGUAUAAAAGCAAACACCAGUGCGCGCACUCUCAUUGUAUUCUUUCCAUUUUUGCUUUUAAAAAUUCCUGAAACUGUGCCCUUGAGCCAGUAUUAGGCAUUUUUUAUUUUGUAUGUGAACAUUCCAGCUGUUCGUUCUGGCAGUAGAUUUGAUGCUGCGUAACUUUAAAUUUUAUUGUUGCAGUUAAAUUCAUUUAGUGAAUGUUUUCUAUAUUUACUUUUUAUACAUAUGUAAUUAAAGUACACAGCUAAGUGAUGGCACUAACAGGUUUUCCAUCUGUCAAACAGUUUUUGUGUGCAUAUAGAUAGAAGAUGCAAUACAGAUUUUUAUAGUUUGGUGUGGACAUGGCUCUUAUUUCAACAGUUCUUUGCAGACAUUGUAAUUUAAUGUAUAGAUUGUUUCUAAUGUCUCUGACAAGUGCUGUAAAUACUGUUUCCUUUGCGUGUAAAACUGCUUAAUGCUUCUCAUUUGAUAUAGUAUUGUACAUACGAGUCUUUUGCAAAAGCGUGUGAUCUUUGUGGAAGUAGUACAGUAUAUGAACUUUAAUUUUUUUUUAAUAUACUGUCACAUUGCAGCACUGGUUGGGCAUUUUAAUUCAUGUUAAUAAAUCACAAUUAUGUCAGUUUUAAUAA